AAAGUCACAUAUUUUUAUCGGUUGCCCUAUAUCAAUUUCAGGAAUCAGUUGCCCUUCUGCGCAAGCUAAGAAACACGCACGACACACAGUAAAGCUUCGAUCUUUACCUCACCAUACUCACCCGCAACCAUGUUGAAAGUAAGUGUAAAGUGGCAAAAGGAAUUGUUUUCCAAUAUGGAAAUCGACACUACCCAGCCCCCAUACGUUUUCAAGUGCCAGUUAUAUGACUUAACAGGAGUUCCACCGGAGAGACAAAAGAUUGUGGUUAAAGGUGGCUUAUUAAAGGAUGAUGCAGAUUGGUCAAAAGUAGGAAUCAAGGAGGGCCAGAAACUAAUGAUGAUGGGAACUGCAGAUGAGAUUGUAAAGGCUCCAGAGAAGGGGCCUAUUUUUGCAGAAGACAUGCCAGAAGAAGAACAAGCGGUUGCUGUUGGUCAUUCUGCAGGAUUAGUAAAUCUGGGAAACACUUGUUAUAUGAACUCUACAUUACAAUGUUUGCAUUCUGUUCCAGAAUUGAAAUCUGCCUUGAUACAGUAUCCUCCUCCUGUAAGAAGCAAUACCGUUGACCAAUCUUCUCAUUCACUGACUGUUGCAACAAGGGAAUUGUUUAACGAACUUGAUAAAAAUGUCCGGCCAGUGGCACCUGUGCGAUUUUUGACGGCUUUGCGGAGCAAGUAUCCUCAAUUUGCUCAGCUUCACAAUGGAGUUUACAUGCAGCAGGAUGCUGAAGAGUGCUGGACGCAACUUUUGUUCACCCUUUCGUCAGCACUGAGAUCUUCUGGUUCCGGUGAAGAUGCAGAUGCAUUGAAGAAAUUUUUUGGUAUAGACCUCGUUAGCAGAGUCCAUUGUCCUGAAAGUGGCGAAGAAAGUACGGAAACAGAAUCUGUUUAUUCACUUAAGUGCCAUAUUUCGCAGGAGGUGAACCAUCUACAUGAGGGUUUAAAACGUGGCCUGAAAUCAGAAUUGGAGAAGUCGUCGCCUUCUCUGGGUCGGAGUGCUGUAUAUACUAAAGAUUCUCGGAUAAAUGACUUGCCAAGAUACCUGACCGUUCAGUUUGUCCGGUUUUUCUGGAAAAGAGAAACAAACCAGAAGGCCAAGAUUCUGAGGAAAGUGGAUUACCCGUUGUCGUUAGAUGUGUAUGAUUUGUGUUCUGAUGAUCUCCGCAAAAGAUUGGAAGUUCCUAGACGGCUUCUAAGAGACGAAGAAGGGAAGAAGGCUGGUCUAAAAACUAAUGAAAGUAGCUCAAGUAAGGACAAUGAUGUUAAGAUGACUGAUGCGGAGGGACCAUCAAAUGCAAGUGGGGAUUCGUCUGUAUCUGCAACUGGAGAAGGUGCUCCCCCUGAGAAAGAGAAACACUUGACAGGAAUAUAUGAUUUGGUUGCUGUGCUUACGCAUAAGGGUAGAAGUGCUGAUUCUGGGCAUUACGUUGCUUGGGUCAAACAAGAAAAUGGCAAAUGGAUUCAAUUCGAUGAUGAUAAUCCAAUUCCACAACGGGAGGAAGACAUCACAAGACUAUCUGGAGGCGGUGAUUGGCAUAUGGCGUAUAUCUGUAUGUACAAGGCUCGCGACAUCUCCAUUUAGCUUUAGACCGAACGAUACCAUCCUUUCUAUUUAGAAACAUUCCUCUCUAUUUGAAUACAUAGUAGAGGUUUCUACACCCAAGAAUCCAUUUGUUCAGUUGCUGAGAUGUUAUAUUUUUCUUAGUCCAGCCAUCUGUCACAAAUCUUGCUUGUAUACUUCCUUAACUUUUUUAUUUUCAAUGCAUUGGUUUGAAUUUUUCUUCA